AUGAAUUUCCAUAGGAGGCGCUCAGCAGAAGCGAUGCGGCUGACGGUGACGUUGCUGCUGGCGGCGACAUCCGUCGUCGUCGCCCAACUCGUGCCCAACCACGUCGCCAUCAACGAGAAGCGCAAGCGGAUCGAGGCCGACUCCGCCUGGCUCGACAAGCGACAGCAGGAAGUUCAGAGGGUGGGUGAAGGCGUUAGUCGCCGCGGGUCGGACGCAGCCUCUCAAAUUCUUUUCUUUCAACAUUCGAGGGUCUUCUGUAGCGCGAUAAGAACUCGAUAUUUUAAACUUCUGUCAUCAAAAAAAAAAUGCUUCUUGUUAGAUUGCCUUGGACGCGUCGAACCGCGAACGGGUCGUCGUCGAACUUCUCAACCAGAGCAAGCAGUUCGCCGCGUCAGCGUCUGGAAACGUCGCCGCCGCGGAGACGUUUGACGGAAAACGCGCCCAGGUCCAGAAGAUUGGCGACAAGGGCGGCAUCGCCACGGUCGAUGGCCACAAGUUUGGAUUCUGUCUUUUUCCAUAAGCCUACAGUAGAUGAUCAAUGAGACUUUCUUCGCUAAAGGUUGUUGUUUUUUUAUUUAGAGAAAUAAGAAUUCAAAGUGAAAACGAUAAAUUUUUUUGAGUUCUUGCCCGAAGAUUCUUUUUUUAUGGCAAUUUUUUUCUCGGGACAAAAUUGAUGAUUUUUUUAAAAUUCUUAUUUCUUUUUUUCUUCCGUUUUUUUCCUAUAACGUUCAAGCUUCUGAUUAGAAGUUUAUUGAAAUAAAAAAAUGAAUUUACUGGAGGGAUGUUAAGUAUGCUCUAAUGAUCAUCGAGUGAAUUUUUUCCCUAAUUCGGACCUUGGUAACCCGAACAGGACGCGAAUUGGACGUGUCGGGGCAUUCUUAGUGACCACCUUAGUAGCCUCAGCACUCUUAAGUGAUCCCUAGAAUCGCCCAGAAACGUCCGGAGCACGUCCGUUUCGCGUUACCAAUGUCCGAGAACACAACUUUUCAUUUAGAAAUCGUUUCCUUGCUUUCAUGACUUUCAAACUUCCACCUAUCAGAUAGAGUGAAUCAGAAUAAUUUUUCAGAGCUCAAAUUCGAACCAAAGACGACGAAGAAGGUCAGCACGCGUUGCUGAAGGCCGACGGCAAGUAUGAGCUUGAUACCGUCGCUAAGGGAGACCUUAAGGGUCCUGUCUCAGUAAGCGUUUUAUUUAACAAGCAUAUCCAAUGAUUUUUCAAGCAAACUGAGUACGAGGCGAAGAACGAACGGUUCGACUUCAAACUCAACCCCAACUCUCAUGACAACAAUACUGGUGAUGGAACCAUCUCCUUCAAUGAUAAGGUUUCCAAAAUUGUGCAAUGCAGUAUUUAAUAAUUUAAAUAUGUUUUUGCUGGUGUAAUUCAAAUGUAAUCGUGUAGGCGGUGAGUAAGGGAAAAGCGAUUCUUCCAUUUUCCUUUUAAAAAACAAUGCAGAGAUUAGUCAAUACUUCACGCAAUAAAAGUGCAAACACACAUAUUGUACAAAUCAGAAUGCGGACUUUCACGUACAGUACUUUUAAAAAGGGAAAACUCUCUUUUUCUUCGUUACACCGGUGAAAAAGGUUUAUUAAGCAAUUUCAUUCAGGAAAAAGGGAAGAAUGGAAAGUACGCAUACACGAUCGCCCAGAACGGAAAGAAGACCGACGCGACGUUGUCGGCGGACAGCGUCGGUGGGUCAGAUCUGGAGCAGAGCUUGUUCGGCCGCCGAAAUAAGCAGUACCACUGUACUGGUGAGUUUUGAGGAGGCGAUAGCUCAGCCGGGUAAACGAUAGUUAUUCGUUCGAGGUAUCGCAAGUUCGAUCCUUUUUACAACCAAGAAAUCUUUGUCGUUCGCCAAAAACCUCUAAUUUUUUGAGUUCAGCAAGACGCGGCUCAGGUCCAACAAGAGUUUUUUUGACAAAAAAAUCUUUUUAAAAAAAGUUUCCGUUUUUUUCAUGACUUCAAAGGUCCUUUUUAGGAGGUAAAAAUGUGUUUAAAAUGACUAAUAUUUAUUUUUAAAAAAAGGGUGAUUCAAAAAAACCUUUUUUUGUGUCUCGCUCCUUGAAGAGCUAUAAGCUGCGAAAUGCUUCAGAAGUCAGAAGCGAAGAAAAAGUUUCCAAGUCGAGAAGAACGAACCGUAGAACUUUGAAGAGAAGAAGUUGGAAAUACAAAAGAAAUACUUUUAGCUGAGACUCCCGGCGUCUCGCAGUGCUACGACGCUCAGGGGAAAUCUGUUGGCAAAGUCGUCGCCGACAAAAAUGGAAACACUGUCGUCUACAACGACAAGGAUGUACCCAUCGGUACCGGUACUGUGAGGAAGCUCGGCCCGCGAAGCUACGAGGUCUCUCUUUCCUUCUUUUUCAAUCGACGAGUACUACAUUCGUCACGAUUUAUGAUGUCUGCGCUCUCUUUUCCCUCGCCUUCGAUUUCAUAAAAACAAGGAAGAAGAGGGUGCCGAGAAACUGAAGUAAUUCAAUAUAUGGUUUUCAAGAAAAUGAAUCAAAGUCUCCUGGAAACCCAUCAAACUUUUCAGGCGGUCAUUUCAAAGAACUUGUUCAUCGCCCGUCUGAAAGACGCCCGGACCCAAACUUGCUGCAAGGAGAUCACCGGCCAGGAAUGCACCGAGGCCAUCAAACUCGCCAAUCCAACGGUUUUUCAAAUUUCUAGCCAAAAAGAAAAUUUUUAGGUCUAUAACUUUGAAGAAAGGAAAAUAUAUUCAUAUGUCCAUGAAAUAGUAGAAUUUUUUCAGUUCUCCCACCCUUCAAAUCGGGACAAUGACGGCAGUGUUCAUCUGACUUGGCCUGACUGCUUCGACAUGGGAAUCGACGUCACUCUUCCACCUGGUUUUAUUCUUUCUUAAUAGAUUAUCAAAAAAAAGUUUCCAGGUGUCCACAUCAACAAGCUCGCCAUGAAGUUGGACGUUUCGAUCCAGCCAAUCGGAAAACUCCGUUGCAUGGACGUCGCCACGUGCGGCCGCGAAUGUUUCUAUUGCGAUUGGUGCAAGGAAAGCCGGUACAGUUUAUAUAAUUACUUUUUCCGGUGUGAAUCUUGUAGAGUCUGCUCACAAAAUCAUCCAAAAGUAAGAGAUGGAGCAGCGAGUAAGUAGCUUUGUAGUCUGGCGCAAAGUCUUACUUAGGGUCGCAUCCAAAAAAAAAAAUUAAGCUAUCAUCAAGUACUGACUUGAGAGCAUUGAGUAGUAUCGGAAGAGUUCAAACGAAAAAUUCAGAAAGCUCAAAUUGCUCGAAAAUACGGAUGGAAACCUCUGCCGCGCGACCGGUGAACGAACUUAUCGCCUCACCACCAGGUAAAAAUCGACAAAAACCUCAGAGUCUUUCCGGAACAUUAUGAGAACCUUAGAAAAGCUUUUUGUGGAAAAUCUUCCAGUUGAAUAGUUUGAAUAACUUUCUAUCUUAUUUUGCAUUUUACGCAAUACGCAUGUACUCCGUGCACUUCGAAAAUAUGCCAUUGUUAUUGGUACUUUACUUUUAAGGAAAAAGUCAAAAGCUGGUAGUUCAGACUUUGCCCACCGCCGGAAGAUCCCAACUUCACCAUGUGCUCGGCAUUCUCCAAAUCCGUCUGGCAGAAGGAUUACUGGCAAAAGCAAGGAGCCGUCGACGUCUGGAUGAAGUUCUACGAGCGUGGACAAACCCGUCCUGAGGUUUCUUUCUGAUCGAAUUCUGAUAUUCCUAUUUGAAAUUUUUGCAGCUGGAGAAAGAGUUCUUCGCCCAGAUCGACAAUCCGCUUCUCGGCAAGGCCUUCAAGUUGGCCAUCAUUGCCGAGUGGCUCGCUGCUAACACUAUUGAUGUGAGAAUCUAUUUUUGUCAUUGAAAAUUAUCUAGCAACAAGAAAAAUAGGAAAAAAAAAAUUCAUCAAGUUUUUUAUGCUAUGAAGUUAUUUUUAAUUUCACAACAAAAAAACUUCGAACCUCGAAAUAGGAGAGGUAUGUACAGAAUAUCUCAAAAACAAUUUUUCAAAAAAAUUUGUUUCAUAAACUUUUCACAUGAUUUUGAAUUUCGAGUAGCUUCAAAGAACGAAAAAGCCUUAAGCACGUAGGUUCAAUAGAGAAAAUUUAACAAUCCUUUUGCAUUUUUUUGUCUAAAAAUUAAAAAGUUUUACUGUCAAUAAUUCAGUAAAACGCCGAAGAACUAUUUUUUUCUUCAUUUUUCGAAGCAUGUUUAAUUUCGUCGCGUGAGCCACGUGUGUUUGCAACGUUAACAUCAGACUUGACGACAAAUUCCAUAAUAAAUGAAAAAUUUUUCUUUUUAAAUUUGAAAUUUGCAGCCUUUUUUUAAUUUAUUUCUUUCAGCAAGGAUCUUACACACCAACCAACUCUGAACUUUUUGGAGUAUUGGGUCUCGAAAAGAGAUCCAGAUCGUCUUCUCGCCUGUCAGCAUGCAGUUGUCGACUACGAAAUUGAAGGCGCCAAAGUAUGAUAAAAAAAAUAAAAAAUAAUUUCUCAAUUAUCAGGUGAAAACCAACGUGUUGUUCGAAGCUGCUACCACAGCAAACUCGGUAAUUUCCUUUUUUAUAUCGCGUAGUUUGAAAAGUUUUAUUUCAGAUCCCGAACAUAUUGAAAGACAAAAAGUGUGCAGCUUUCGAAAAAUUGCAAGAGAACCGGUUCCAGCAAGAAGCUGCCGAGUACAAAAAGUCGUCAGGUUGAAUUUUUUCAAUCCCGGAAUGGAAUGAAAAAUUAUUUUUAGGCUCUGGAAACUUCCUGUCGGGUCUUGGUGGAUUCCUCAACACUGUCGGCGCCGCCGGACGAUAA